UUACGCUACGCUCAGACGCGACGUCUCCAAUGGGGAAGCCUAUAGCAGCGGGAAAAGCCAAACGGCUUUUGAAGCGGGUCCUCGGCCGCUCUCACACUGUUGCCGCAGCCUCGUCUGAGUUCCUCUAUCACCCUUUGGAUGCUAGCAAGAAGGAAAUCCGCUUACUUCUCCUCCGAACGGGGCGGCAGUAUGAAGAGCCGGUUCAUUGCACGCUUCGCCAUACUCCGCUUGGCGAAGCUGGAGAGUAUUUCGCCUUGUCCUACGCUUGGGGCGACCCAACUCGCACUCGUCCUAUCCUCCUCAACGGCUGCAGUGUUGAAGUUACCACCAACCUCGAAGAGUUCCUUCGGAAAAUGCAUGCAACCAAGCAAAAGCUAGUGCUUUGGGUCGACGCUCUCUGUAUCAAUCAGAAGGACAUGGCUGAGCGGAGCAGUCAAGUCCGCAUUAUGAAGGACAUCUAUUCCAACGCGUGGAUGGUUUUUGUAUGGCUCGGUAGCAGUGACGAGGAUACUGAUCGAGCCUUCAACUUUGUCGAAGAACUCGCCCAUGUGGUGCGCCAUCAAAUCACAACCCCGAGCUUAGAUCCGCACCUUUUCACUAUUUCUUCCUAGAUCGCGUCGAAUACGUCCCCACUUAUGGAAAGCUGCAAUUGGAUGGCUUUUGCGGAUCUACUCAACCGGUCUUGGUGGACAAGAGCUUGGAUAGUCCAAGAGGUUGUCCUUGCCCAAAGAGCCACGGUCAUGUGUGGUGAAUGCGCCCU